AUGGGAUGCUACAAAGCGCACUGGGAGCUCGACGUAUUGCAUAACAUCCCAGAUCGGCUCUUGGACCCAUGGAGAAUAUUGAUUGGCGAAAAGGAGGCUGCUUUUGAGAGGAAGCUGCUGCAAGCUUCGUAUCAUCUUGUACACGAUGCCGUCGCGGAGCUUGAGCGUGAAGAGCACGGCAACAACUGGGCCUGGCACCACUGGAUCUUCUACCGCUGGAUGAAGGCCGUGGUAGAUCUCGGCAAAAGCGGAGCCAUCCACCCACGAAGCCCGUCCUGGCCAAAGUCUGGACGAGGCAUCAAAAAUCUCCUUUAUGACGAGUUGAGCGACAGCAACGCGUGCGGACGUCUGCUGGUACGGGUGGGCCGGCAGCUAACGAACAUCGUCCGCGGGAGCGUGACACCGCUGGAGCUGAUGAUGGAGGACAAUCUUCUCAACCAAUAUUACAUGAACAUCCCGAGGCUGAAAGACCGCACAUACGUACACCUCAGGAAAAUUGUUGAACUCUACGCCGUCAAGAACCCCGGAGCCAAAGUCCUCGAGAUCGGCGGCGGUACGGGAGGCGCUACUGAGAUUGUCCUGCAGUCGUUCGGCGCGAGGGGCAACGGUUCGGCUUCCCUCCUCGAUCAUUAUACCUUUACCGACAUCUCUUCCGGGUUCUUUGAGGCGGCGAGGAAAAAGCUGGCGCCGUGGACAUCUAUGAUGACUUUGCAGACGCUGGACAUUGAGCGAGACCCCUCGGAGCAGCGUUUCGCCGUCGGGACGUACGAUCUCGUUGUCGCGUUUAUGGUGCUCCAUGCCACGAAGAACCUACGAAACACCAUGGCCAACGUCCGCAAGCUUCUAAAACCAGGCGGAACCCUUCUCAUGAUCGAGACGACCCAAGAUCGUCUCGACAUACAACUCAUCUUUGGCACUGUGCCUGGAUGGUGGCUGAGCGAAGAACCAGAGCGCAACAUGAGUCCAAAUGUCUCCCUGCAGGUUUGGGAUAGAGCCCUCAAGGAGACGGGCUUCAGCGGGAUCGACAGCCACAUAGCAGUAGGGGCUUUCACAGAAGGCGAGUUAGAGGAACAUGAACAAUAUGUCGCGCCGGAUGGCAUGCAAGGUAAGAACCCAACAAGCUCCAUGAUUCAAGCACACGCCAAUAGAGGCGACGAGAAAGGCGACCCCUGUGUCUAUCUCCCGACCAACAAGUCCACAAAGGCGGAUAUUUCACAAUCCCUCGAGGCAAUACAAGACCGGCUAGAGAGAGCCGAGGCCUUUAUCGAAAUCCAGACGCAAGCGUUGCGACGCAACAUGGCCCCUUACCGGCCGUACUCCGAGCCCCACCCGGAUCUCCAAGGCAUCGACCACCCGGACUUUUAUUUCCCGGCAACAACGCAGGUCACAGCGGGAGACCCCGGAGCCAAGCAUCGCGGCACGACCUUCCCCCGUUAUGAGUCCCCGGAGAAUGCCGAGGGUGACCUGUUUAGUAACCUGCCGACGCCGAGAACGGGGUCACGCAGCGACGCGUAUCAGUUCCAGAUGUACGACCUCAUGUCCGGCCAGCCGCGUGAGACCGUGCCCGCCGUCCGCGGCAAUGUGAAGUCAGCAGCCACAAGCGCAGCAUCCCAGCCGGACCACGCCAACGCCUCACCAAACCUUGCUCCCUCGCCUGCGCAAGCGCUUCUUUCCCCGUCGCCUCCCGGCACAGAGGCCGUGGAAGAGCGCGGGCGGGUCCUGUGCGAGUUGAAGAGCUUCUCGACCGAGGUGUUCACCACGCAGGCGCAGAUCGCCGCCGUCGCCGCAGCCACCGCUAACCUGAUGUUGUGGGUACAUAUAGUUUCCGUCACGCCCCUUGUCUCGUCCGGCGGCUUCACCAACGCGAACUACGGCGGUCAAAUGGUGCGCGAAACGCUGGCCACGCUGGAGACACGGGUGCGGGAGCUGCAGGAGCUGGCUGAGACGGGUCACAGCGAGGCGUGGAAGCGCCUACGAAGCGGCCUCGAGGGCAUGGAACCGGCCGACGUCGAGCUCAGGGCCCACGAGGACGAGCUGCAGAGCCAGCUGGCCGCCAUUUCCAACUUCUUCAAGAACGAGUACAACGUCUCGAGCCCAUUGCAUGAGCAAGACGGUGGGAUGUACACCCGUUCCGGCUGCCCCGGCCAAGCGUAGAAUAACACAGGUGCCGCAGCGACUAGAUAUACAACAUGCUAGAGAGGUGGUUUCUCGUAUAACUCGGUCUCAAAUACAUGGUGGGAUCAAGCGUCGUGCUGGACAUCAUAUCAACAGUUCUAGAUAGUUUAAAUUUUACCGGCCAGUAGACAAUACUAUGCAACCCAGAUCUUGG